AUGAGAGGCCCCACCAUCCUCAAAGCCGAAGAUGACAAGACAAAGCAGCUGAAUGAACACAACCUUAUGGCCUUCUCGGGAGAGGCGGGAGACACAGUACAAUUCGCGGAGUACAUCCAAGCCAACAUCCAACUAUACACGAUGCGGAACGAUACGGAGCUGGGUCCGAGUGCAGUUGCCAGCUUUGUCCGGGGAGAAAUGGCGCGGAGUCUGCGGUCUCGGAAUCCCUACACUGUCAACCUCCUGCUGGGAGGUGUCGAUCCCAUCACGCAGAAGCCUCAUCUAUACUGGAUUGAUUAUCUGGCAUCAUUGGCUCCCGUACCAUAUGCUGCUCACGGCUAUGCGCAAUACUACUGCCUGUCCACUCUCGAUAAACACCACCACCCCGACAUCUCGCUCGAAGAAGGAAUGAAGCUCUUGGAAAUGUGCACAGACGAAUUGAAGCGCAGACUACCGAUCGAUUACAAGGGUGUUCUGGUGAAGAUCGUGACAAAGGACGGCGUGCAAGAAGUACCAUUCGAUAAUGACAGGAUUGUCAAGAUCAUGAUGUCGAAGAGACAAGCUGAGCUGUCGCUCGAGGAAGAGCUCGCAGCAGGCUCUCCUGCCUCGAAGAAAGCGCGUGUGGAGGACGAAGAGCUGCCGGAGGACGACCCGCGCCGUGGAGCUUUGCCGAUUCGCCGGGCGACUGGACAGCAACUUGAAGAACAUGAGCGCAGCGGACAAGAUAUUCUUGCAGCUGCCGAUCAGGAAGGCGAAGAGCUAGCGGAAGCAGCGCAAGAUGGAGGCCCCGAAUCGUCCGAUAUUGAUGCUGAUGACGACAAACCGGUUAUCGCGGCCCCGAAACGUCAGAGCGCCCCCAUGGAGGGCUACAGCGACCUGUACCUCGAUACGAUCAAUCGCGAAAUCCUCGACUUCGAUUUUGAAAAGCUAUGUUCGGUCAGCUUGUCGAAUAUUAAUGUGUACGCUUGUCUGGUGUGCGGCAAAUACUUCCAGGGCAGAGGACCGAAGUCGCAUGCCUAUUUCCAUGCGCUUGAGGUCGGACACCAUGUUUUCGUCAAUAUGGGUACUAAAAAAGUCUACGUUCUCCCGGAAGGCUAUGAGGUUAAGAACCAGAGCUUGGACGAUAUCAAAUACGUGGUGGACCCGUACUACAGCAAGGAUGAGGUGAUGAAGCUGGACAAGGAAGUACACGACGCAUUCGACCUGGCAGGAAACCGUUAUAGGCCUGGUUUUGUUGGCAUGAAUAACAUCAAAGCCAACGAUUAUCUGAACGUGGUGGUCCAGCUCUUAGCUCACGUCUUCCCCAUUCGCAAUUACUUCCUGCUGCAUGAAUUCCCUCAACCAGGAACGCCUCAAUUAGCACUCCGCUUCAGUACCCUAGUCCGAAAACUAUGGAACCCUAAGGCAUUUCGCUCCCAUGUAUCUCCGCACGAACUGUUGCAGGAGAUCGCUCUCCGCUCAUCCAAGCGCUUUACCCUCACACAGCAGUCCGAUCCAGUGGAGUUCAUGUCGUGGUUCUUGAACAACCUCCACCUCUCUCUCGGAGGCUCCAAGAAACCAUCCAAGACACCUACAAGCGUUGUACAAGCCGCAUUCCAGGGUCACUUGAGGAUCGAAAGCCAGGCUAUCACAGCCCAUUCAGAUACCCAAAACGCGCGUCUAGUUUUCACCGAAUCCGGCUCCAUCAACAGCCAAACGACACCCUUCCUCAUCCUCACCUUAGACCUACCACCCACGCCCCUCUUCCAAUCCGCGAACCGGGAAUCUAUCAUCCCGCAAGUCCCUCUGACUACCCUCCUGAACAAGUACAACGGAAUUACCGCCUCCGAAAAACUCGCCCACAGAGUCCGCCACAGGCUCCUCCACCCCCUUCCUCCCUACCUCCUCUUCCACAUCAAGCGCUUCAGCAAGAACCGCUUCGUCUCCGAACGUAACCCCACAAUCGUGACCUUCCCAUCCCCUCGCUCAUUAGACAUGUCGCCCUAUGUUGAGCCAAACCCAGAGAUCUGGCCUCCAGGGGAACCGAUCCUCUACGAUCUUGUCGCAAACAUCAUCCUCGACCCUACUGUCGCCGCUCCAGGUGCUCACGAGGAAGCCGCAGCAGACAAAGGAGUCAAUGCUGCUAGCGGAAAAGCUUCGUCAGGAGCUGGAGCUGGCAGCGAGAAAGUCUCCUGGCUUGUUCAGUUGUAUGAUAAAGCUAUGUCUGCGGAGAAUGGUCGGCUUCAGAAAGAACAUGCUGGCGAGCAGCGUGGACCCGAGUGGCUGGAGAUUCAGGAUCUGUUUGUCAAGCGAGCAGAAAGCGAAACUUUGUUCACGAAGGAAGGGUACUUGAUGGUAUGGGAACGUCGAAAGGUUCCUGGCGUGCCGAACCGUAAGGGGAAGAAUCCGGCUAAGUGA